AUGUCAAAAAUUUUCAUAUCUGAAAUGUUUCUUGAAGAAUUUGUUGGACAUUUGAUUAAAUUUAAAAGUUUGAUCAAAUCUAAGUCAGCAAAAAAAGUUGUGACUACAACUCUGCCUUAUUUUAACUUCUCAGCUUCUAUGAAAAAUAAAUUUCUUUUCGGACGUACAACUUUUGAAAAGUCAUCAUUUUUAAUAUUCAUAUUGACGUGGUCAUACUUUAAGCAGGUAUCUAAUAUAUUUCAUAAGCUAGAGAACACUCAUGUUUCAAGUUUUGAUGAAAAGUGGACGGCAAAGGUUUUACGGUGGCUACUGUUGCUGAUGUGGAAUGAUAAGGAAGUGGUGCGAAAGGGGGUUUCACAUGGUUUCGAGGAUCCGAUUAUGAGUAGAAAAGAUAAAUUGAGUUUGGUCGCUUCAAGGAACGGAAAUUGCGAAUUUGAUGAAAUAGAAUUCUGCUGUAACAUAAGAAAUUGCAUUCACAACUAUUACGAAACUACAUUCGUGCACAGAAACCUGAGCUUUUUCGUAGAAAUAUUUUUCAUUAGAAACUCAACUGCCCAGGAGUUGAGUACACGUUAUUCAGCGUUGGAGAAUCAUCAUCGUUUCCCAUUCCAUCAAUUUCUCUCCACCUUACUCUGCUUUUCAUAUAACAUUGCGGAUGCCUUCCUUUGUCCAGCACAUAGCAGUAGAGAAUUUCAAGGAGUUGUAGAAGCAAAAGCAAAGGCAGAAGUAGAAGUAGAAGGGAAGAUGGUGAACGAUGGUGGAGAUGAUGUCAUGUACACAUGA